AUGGAUGCCGAUGACCUCAACAAUGGCACCUCCACCGAUACAUCGCCAGACAAAGGGGGCUUAGAUACCCUCCGACCAGUCCCUCCCAUAGAUUUAGACCCGAAAGACUCCUCUACCCUCGAUGCAUCGCUUAAACACCAAAGCCCGACAAAGCCAACCAAACCCGAUGCUACCUCUGCCUCCGAAUCCCGCCCGGCUCCUCUAAUCGGCAACUCGACCCGAUCAUCUAGUCGGGCCGCUCGAAGAUUCAGUGGGAGUACUGCUGUAAGCACCGCUGCCAGCUCCAUUAGCGAGGCGGAUGCUGGUCCGCCUAAGUGGAGGAUUGGAGUCUGUGCUUUGGAUGUGAAAGCUCGGAGCAAGCCCAGCCAGAAUAUCUUGACUCGACUCCAAUCCAAGGGUGAAUUCGAAGUCAUUGUAUUCGGUGACAAAGUCAUCCUCGAUGAAGCCGUCGAAAACUGGCCGGUCUGUGAUUUCUUGAUCGCUUUCUUCUCCGAUGGGUUCCCUCUCGAUAAGGCGAUCGCAUACGCCAAGCUCCGCAAGCCUUUCUGCGUCAAUGAUUUACCCAUGCAGCAGGUGCUGUGGGAUCGCCGACUAUGUCUCAUGAUCUUGGACCAGAUGGGAGUACCCACUCCUAAGAGGCUCGAGGUAAACCGUGAUGGUGGUCCCGUUCUCGAAUCGGCAGAACUCGCACAGCACAUCUACAAAUUGACGGGAGUGAAGCUGGAUGGACCGGAAGAUGGAACAGGAGGCGGUGCCCCGAGAACACAGAAAGUGUCCAUGUCCGAGGAUGGCGAGGCAUUGGUGGUUGAUGGCAAAGUCUUCCGCAAACCUUUCGUGGAAAAGCCAGUGAAUGGCGAAGACCACAACAUUCACAUCUACUUCCCUAAUGACCAGCAGUAUGGGGGAGGUGGACGUAGGCUAUUCCGCAAGGUUGGAAACAAGAGCUCGGAGUAUGACCCCGAGCUUUCUGUGCCCAGAUCGGUCACCGAGACGGAGACAAGUUACCUGUACGAGCAAUUCCUACGUGUCGACAAUGCCGAAGAUGUCAAGGCCUACACCGUUGGCCCUGACUUUUGCCACGCCGAAACACGCAAGUCGCCGGUUGUGGAUGGAUUGGUCCGACGCAACACCCACGGCAAAGAAAUCCGUUAUAUCACUCAAUUGACCAAGGACGAAGCAGCGAUUGCAUCCAAGAUAUCGAACGGAUUUGGCCAACGAAUCUGCGGCUUUGAUAUGCUUCGUGUGGAAGAUAGAAGCUAUGUCAUUGACGUGAAUGGCUGGAGUUUUGUCAAAGAUAACAAUGACUAUUAUGAUAAGUGCGCCAAAAUUCUCCGCGAUACUUUCAUGGUUGAUCGAAUGAAGAGGUUUGGAUCAAUGGAAUCGUUGGAGCCGCCAUCGCCGGAUAUGGGUCCUUCUAGGAAAAGCACUGCGGGCUCUCACCGACAAGCAUUGAAGACCUUGUUGAAGUCCCCGAGUACAUCCAGACUUUCCAGGUCGCAUGAAGCAACCCCGUCAGAUACAUCGACUGCCACACCUUCGCUCGCAUCGUCGUCUGGCCUGGAGGCUGUUGAUCCAGUUCCCAACCUUGGUAGCCUGCCCCCUCGAGAGAGCCACUCUGACACCCGUGGUUACAGCCCUUCCAACACAAAAUCCCCUGCGAUAUCGGUUCACCAAACCAAUGAAGAAGCCCCUGCGCCACCACCUGCCUCCAAACACUCGUGGAAACUCAAGGGAAUGGUGGCGGUGGUUCGACAUGCCGACCGUACUCCAAAGCAAAAGUUCAAGUUCACUUUCCAUAGUCAGCCUUUUGUGGAUCUACUCAAGGGACACCAGGAAGAGGUGGUGAUUAAGGGUGCUGCCGCGUUGUCUAGUGUCUCAGAUGCCGUCAAGACCGCCUUAGAACAAGGACUAGAGGACACCGAGAAGCUGAAACUGCUUCGUACCUCUUUAGAUAAGAAGGGUGGCUGGCCUGGAACAAAAGUCCAGAUCAAGCCUAUGUUCCGGAAGCGCAGACCAGAAGAAAUGCGUGAACAAGACUCCUCAGCUAGCACGCCCACAGCAGCACCACCACCACCACCACCGGCCGAAAUGGAAACCGAAGAACCCCUCUCGCCUAUUCCUGGUGAAACACCAGAAGCUGAGGCACUGCGAAAGUCACAGACACGCAGUGAUUCGAUUUCAGGCCCCACAUUUUCCCGCUUCUCUGCAGUAGAGAACGACCUCAUCCUGGACAAACUCCAGCUUGUUAUCAAGUGGGGAGGAGAGCCAACGCAUGCUGCUCGUUACCAGUCGCAGGACCUUGGGCUGAACAUGCGAGAUGAUCUCAAGCUGAUGAACAAAGAAGCUCUCAACAAUGUCCGCCUUUUCACUAGCUCGGAAAGGAGAGUGAGCACGAGCGCACAAAUCUGGGCCUGUUCAUUCCUCGACCAGAAGGAGCUACCAGAAGACUUCUUACAGGUUCGAAAGGAUCUGCUCGAUGAUUCAAAUGCUGCCAAGGAUGUCAUGGACAAGGUUAAGAAGAAGCUUAAGCUUCUUCUGAGAGAAGGGUCGGCACCUUCACAAUUCGCAUGGCCCAAGGACAGCAAUAUUCCCGAGCCAUCUGUUGUGCUGGCUACGGUUGUCGAGCUGAUGAAAUUCCACCGAAGCGUCAUGCGUCACAAUUUCAGCAAGCUUGAGUCGGACGCAGCCAAAUCUCCUACCUCAUCGGUUAACAACACCGACGAACCGAGCCAAAAGGAUCUGAGCGCCGAAAGCCCUGAGAUUUCCAACAUCCAGGGACGUUGGUGUGCAGGAGAGGACCCUAGACUUUUCAAAGAGCGAUGGGAGAAACUCUUCGCCGAAUUCUGCGACACGGAGAAGGUAGACCCGAGCAAGUUAUCUGAACUUUAUGAUAGCAUGAAAUUCGAUGCCCUCCACAAUCGACAGUUCCUGGAAUGGGUCUUCAUGCCACCUGACAAUGACCGUGACGAUGAUGACCGGUGCAGUGUCAAAGGCAAAAGCUCGUCCAAAUCCGACUCGACUUCUGAUGGGAAUGGAAAUGGAAAGGCCGGUUCUGAUUCCAAUGAGAAGGAGAAGGAGACAAGUGACGAAUCGCGAUCUGAGAAUCACACAUUUGCUCAUCGACUUGGAUUGAAGAAGCGACUUCAUGUCCCAGAGUCACUGCCGCACCUUCGCGCACUUGAUGAUUCCUACGACCAUUACUUCAAGCUUUUCCCCGGCUCAAGCUCGACCAAAUGCAAGAUGGACGAACGUCUCUCUAAACUCCGGGAAUUAUACAAGUUAGCCAAGGUGUUAUUUGACUACGUGACCCCGCAAGAAUAUGGCAUCACCGACAGCGAGAAACUCGAGAUUGGCCUCCUGACAUCUCUCCCGCUCUUGCAAGAGAUCGUUCGCGAUCUGGAAGAAGUCCAAGCAUCGCCAGACGCAAAGUCUUUCUUCUACUUCACCAAGGAGUCUCAUAUCUACACACUUAUGAACUGUAUCCUGGAAGGUGGUAUCCAGACGAAGAUUGCCCGCAGUGCCAUUCCUGAACUCGACUACCUUUCCCAGAUCUGCUUUGAGCUUUACGAGGCGCGUGAUAGCGAAUCGGAUCUUAACUCUUACUCCAUUUGGAUUUCUAUCAGUCCUGGCUGCCACGCGUUUGAUCCGCUUGAUGUGCAAUUGGACUCUAGGCAUGCCAUUGGCUGUGCCCCGCGACGCAGUUUGACUGCGCAUCAGGACUGGAAAGAGGUGAUCGAAACACUUAAGGCGAAGUUCGACACAGUCAAACUUCCCAAGUCGUUUAUUGCUGUGAAUCUCAGCGACAAGCAUAUUGCUCCACAGGCCGAGGAAGAUGAGGGUAGCCCAUGA